AUGAGUGGUGGAUGUCCAUACUUCGAGAAAAGUCACUUGUACGUAUUCAUUAUUGCAUUUCAAAUUAUGUUUUUAUUAAUGUUUUUUUUGUGACUUUUUUUGUAACAUAGGCUACAUGGGACAUUUCAAAGGCAUCAUAUAAUUCAGUUUGAUUCUACAUGAAUGCUAUAGUUAUAUUUAUUAUUAUUAUUAAUGAUAAUAAUGGUAUGACAUUAGCUAAUCAAUACCAAUACAUUUGUAUUUUCAUUCCCCAGGUUAUUCAAGAGCAAGCUGUAUCUAAAAGAGGAAGAGGCAGAUGACUCUCAAGAAGGAAUCAACAAGGCCAGCAAAGGUGGCAUAAUCUAUGGUGACUACCUUCAGGUAAAGCAUUCACUAUCGUCAUCUAACUAACUUAAUCUAACUUAAUCUAACUUAAUCUUCUACAAGAUUUUUGACAUGGUAUCUUUGUCUUCUGCCGAUAGAAGCUGUACAGCCAACAUAAGGGAUGGAAUGGAAGUAACAUUUUAAUUUGUGUUAGCUGCAGUACUAAAUUUAAUUGUUUUGUUCCAUUAUAGCUUGACAAAGUUGUGACGGCCCAAGUUCUUCAGAGUGAACUGAAGGGGAACAAAAUCCACGAUGAGCAUCUUUUCAUUGUCACACAUCAAGGUACAGUAUAUGUUUGUGGUCAAAUAUCCUCAAAAUUUGAGAAUCAAUAAUGGAAUUAUAAUCAUAGUAUGCAUGUAUUCCCUUAUCACAAGGAUUGGGGUCUGUUCCAUUUGAAAUCCAGUCAUUUCAAGAAAUGAGUUUAACCUUUAAUUGUAGUUGCACCUACUUCUGAAAGACUUGAAUAGCAAUUCACUAUCAACUUUCCAUCAACAAAUGAUCUAUUUUAUUGCAUAGAAAAGGUGGGACAUAAUGAUUAAUUGCAUUUUUAUCAUUUUAUUUCAGCAUAUGAACUCUGGUUCAAGCAGAUUCUAUGGGAACUGGAUUCAGUGCGAGAGAUUUUCAUCAGUGGACAUGUAAGGACCUCAGAAAGCAAGAGUAUUUAACAUAUAAUUCAUAAACGCUUAAAACACAAUAUGAAUCAGUGUUUUACUUCAUUAAACCAUGAAAUUUAAACAAUGUCAAUGACCUAGGCCUUUGUUUGUGGGCAUGAAAAGGCGUGCUUUUUUCUGUCCAAUGCAGUCCAAUUGCAGGGACCCUUUUUGCAUAAAAAAGUUAGAACUAAUCUUUAAUAGUAAUGUUUCACCAGGUUCGCGAUGAACGCAACAUGCUGAAGGUCAACACCCGCAUACACAGGAUUGUUAUGAUCUUCAGGCUGCUGGUCGACCAGUUUGCCGUGCUCGAGACAAUGACGGCCUUGGACUUCUAUGACUUCAGGUAAGCCCCAUAGAUAACCCAUGGAUAACCUUUUAGCUUUUAUAAACCUUAUAAAAGUAUACCCUCUUUACAAAUUUAACGCACAUUACUCUUGUGUGUUGUAGAGAGUACCUGUCCCCUGCCUCCGGGUUCCAAAGUCUCCAAUUCCGUCUGUUGGAGAACAAGAUUGGGGUCCCUGACAACCUGAGAGUCCCCUACAACAGGCGUCACUACAGGGACAACUUCAAAGGACAUGAGAGUGAGAUGCUGCUUAGUUCUGAGAAGGAGCCCUGUCUGCUGAAAUUGGUGGAGGUGUGUGAAAAGAAAAAAACCUUACUGAAACAUUUGAAAAUAGAUCCCGUUUAAAUACUUAAUCAUGUUAUUUCCCACACUUCAUAUUAUAGCAGUAUUGAGCAGUACUGUUUGUUGUUCUAUUCAGAAAUGGCUGGAAAGGACCCCAGGUCUUGAAGAGGAUGGGUUUAACUUUUGGGAGAAACUGGAAGCCAACAUCUUUGAAGGUUUGAGUCUUGAAAAAAAUAAAAUAGAGGUAUGGGCUGUUUCAAAAUAAUCUAGUACCAAAAUCUCACCACAACAUUGCUUCUCAUUAGGUUACUUAAAGAUAAAAUAAUCGGACCAAAAACUACGAUCUUCUUUUUUGUCCUUUGGCAGAAAAUGCAAGACUCGGAGGAGAAGGAGGAGAUGAUGGAAGAGCUGACAAAGCAAAACGAGCUAUUUACUUCACUGUUUGAUGUCAAAAGACAUGAGCAUCUUUUGGGCAAAGGUGAGUGCUUAGCACCUAGCACCAACACAAACUGCCUCAACAAUUCAGUCCCCAUAAUUAGUUUAAAACUACAGAACUCAGGUCUAACAAACCAUCUCACUUCCUGUUGUGUUUAAUCAGGUGAGAGACGGAUCUCCUACAAAGCUCUCCAAGGAGCUCUGAUGAUCUACUUCUACAGGUAAGAAGGGUUUCUGACAGUUAUUUUAGAUAGGCUUGUGUUUGUUCACCAUUUGAGAUGUAAUUAUUACAUUGUGGAUUGUUCUAUCUUUAGGGAGGAGCCCAGGUUCCAGGUUCCCUUCCAACUCCUGUCCAACCUGAUGGACAUUGAUACCCUUAUGACAAAAUGGAGAUGUAAGUAACACCAAAAUAUAUGUGAAGAACAGUUUACUUCACCACAUUUCUCACCACAGUUAUAUUAACAAGUGCAAUAUUUCUAUGUGUCUCAGACAACCACGUGUGCAUGGUGCACAGAAUGAUUGGCAGCAAAGCAGGCACUGGAGGCUCAUCUGGCUACCAUUACCUGCGCUCUACUGUCAGGUAUGUCAUGUCUGUCAUCUAUGAUUACCUAUUGAAAUAAACUGGAUCCAAAGCUAGAGUUACUGUCCAGCACAUCAUUAUAUACCCCUUGAAGAAGGAGCUAAGUAGGUGUUUUUCUUCUUCUCUCUCACACAGUGAUCGCUACAAAGUCUUUGUGGAUCUCUUUAACCUGGCCAUGUUUCUGAUACCUCGCCAUUGGCUGCCUAAACUAGACCCCAAUGAGCACACCUUUCUGUUCACCGCAGAGUACUGUGACAGCUCCUACUGCAGUAGUGAGGAUUCAGACUAGGAGACUGUCUCAACUGUCUAAAGUGGUCCGUGCAGACUGAGGAAAGGUGUCAACGAGAGGAAGCCAAUUUAGAUGAUGUAGAUAUACCUUGGGUCUAGAGUGUCAUAUAAUCUAGCUAUGACGUGGUAAAGUCUCACCUACACCAAUAAUGGGACAAGUAACAUAGUAUAUCAUCAUAACCACAUAAGCAUCCCUCCCCCUCAGAACAGAACAGCCUCUAUUUGUUGGGGCAUGGUCUCUACAAGGUGUUGAAAGCAUUCCACAGGGAUGCUGG